AUGAGAUCGGACUGGGCGCAGAAACACGGCGCCUUCAAGUGGGCGACAUUCUCCUCCUCCUCCUCGUCGUCGUCGUCUCUGCCGUCGAAGGGACAUAAACUGAGGCUGAAGUUACCCCGGGUGUGGGGCGCUAACCCCAGGCGUGGCAGCGCCCCCUCAACCACGGAGGCAAAUGUGCCAACAACACAAGUAGAAGUGGAAACAGCGCCGCCGACGCCAGAACCGGCACCGCCAAUGACCUUUGAGCAGCACCUUUCAUCUCUGCGCCUGAGCGAAGCGGGCCGCAUGCUGCUGCUUAGAGAGGAGCGACUGUUCGGUGAGGAUGCCACCGACGGAUGGCGGGCGGAGGAGACGGCGGCCCUGAAGGCUGACCGGCUGGCCUUAGAGGAGGUGGUGCUGCGAACGCUCAGGAGCUCCCUGGAGCCUGCCGCGGAUGUAGACGUGCUAGCAUCGGCCGUGGCCUUUGUGCAGCAGGAGGAGGAGCAAGACCGCCUCUGGGAAAGGCGCGGGGGCAUGUUGCCGCCCUGGAGGCUCAGCGGCUGGAGGAAAAUGCACAACGAUACACUACAACAGAUGGUGGAGGAGCGCUUGGAGGCCCCGCAAACACCCCUCGCUACGCCCCCGAAGGGCCAGUCGUCCAUCCAAGCAGACGUGCACGGGGCGGGGCGGCGGCUGAGGCGUGACCUUCAGAUAGUGGCGGAGCGGGUCAAGGCAUGCUACCCGCAGCACUUUCGCAUCUGCCAGCUGUACGCCGCCUCCUACCACCGUGGCGUCAGCUCUAGGCUGAGAAGGUUGGCCGACUUCGGACUGGACGACCAGGACUGCACUUUUCUGUUACACUGGGUCAAUGAUUUCUACCCAAGAUUGCUUGAAGAUCCUCAGCUGGAGAUCAACAUGGAAGUGCUUGAACCGCUCCUACCUGAAGAGCUCCUUUCACCUCUGGAGGAACAAUACCUCGGUAGACAAGAGAGGGAGCUGAGCACGUACAUGGGAAGUGUCUUGGACGAGGCUCGGGCGGCCUGGAACAAAGGGCAGCAGCCGCCCGUGGAAGACGGGUGUUUUGUCAGUCACACAGCCUAUGACAUCAUUCAGAUUGUCAACGGCAUGGUGAGUAGGGCUGAGAAGGUGCUGGGUGACCUACGGAAGGCUCAGCCAUUGACAUGUCAGCUGCAAGACUUUCUGCACAGUUUCCAAACUUUCCAGGCUGACGUCAUCAAAUACGACAAAGCUAACACCGCGGCCUACGUCAAAGCCAACCUCGGCUGUGUGGCAGACUUCAGGGACUUUGUGAUAAGCAGGCGGCGUUUGUUCCCGGAAGAAGUGCUCCAAAACUGCCUGAGCAUUCUUACGGACAUGAAAGGCAGUGCGCAUGAGUACCUGCUGGCUCCGGUGCGCAAGAACCUCAAGCCGCACUUUAGGAAACUCUUCAGCCAAGAUUGGUUGAAGAAUUCCACACUGGAGAAGCUGCAGUCUGGCCUGGACCAAGAGAUUCUUCGGCUCCGGGGCCUGCCUGAAUCCCGGCGCCAGGAGCUGAUCGGUCAGAUGCACCGAGUAGUGUCGACAGAGUACGUUCGCAGGCUUCUGAAGGGCAAGCUCAGGUUGAAGGAUAAGCAGCAACAGCAGAAGGCCGCUGCCAACGUGGAGGACGACGCACACGCUUUGCAAUGCUUCUUCAGCACGCAUGGCUCGGAGGAGGUGGGGCUUGCGGACGUUCUUAGCAUGAUGGCAGAAGUUCUCAAACUACAGGAUCUCCCCGCCAUCCAGUGCCAAGUGGCCUCGCUGGCUAGCGCUUUCCCCGAUUUCAGUGAGGAACACGUGCUGGCUUUGCUAAAGCUGAAGGGCAACCUCGGCAGGGAGGAGCGGAACAGCGUCAAGGCCGUCCUGUCAGAGAUUCCAAAGAGUUCCGCCCAAUCGCAGCCCUUUUUCUCAUUGGUGCAGCUCAAAUAG